ACUGUUUUCUUUCUCCAUGUGAAAUAAAUCAUUAGAAAACUAAGUCUUACAUAUCCAGGAAUCAUUCUGGGUUGACACUCCCUUGAUUUUCUUUUCUUUUUUUUUCCUAUAGCUUCUGCUAGGAAGUUCUCAUUUAUAAAGCAAGUGGUGGUUUUAUUUUGUCUCCGUAAUAAACAGUUUGGUUUCAUUGACCCAGUUUUUGAUUCACGCUGCCCGCACAUUUUGAGGCUGUAGGUUGGCUGUAUCUGCCCACCCCUUUCUAAACUACCACUCACACAGCAGAACCGAGUUCAGGCAUUGUUUAAUUUUGGGUUCCCGUCCAUCUGUCUGUUCUUCUGACGCUUCUUGGCUCCUAAUAAAGCAGAGCUCUCUUUCUCGCUGGCAGUUCAACCUUUCUAAUAUUGCUCACUUUCUCACUGGAAGGCGGCCACCUUUAGUAUGGGGUGUAAGUCAAAAUCUGUACAGCUCUUCAUGCCCACCCCUGCUCCAGCUUUUAUUGCCUGCUCUGCCUUCUAAAAUCUGGAAAAGGAAGAUGGAUGGUUGCUUCUUGAAUUGUGCAUGUAAGAGUCUCUUUCCUUUUCUCUCCUGGAAAAGUUUGAAUGCGGUGGAAGCAGGUUAUUACAGCUUGUUUGCAGUGGCAACCUGAUAUCUUGUCUGGUUGCUACAGCAGAGAGAGGACUACUUAAAUCACUUUUCACUAGAAGGGGAGAAAGAGCGCGUUCCUACCCUUUUGCCUGCAAUAUUUCCUUGUAAUAGUCAAAAGACAUUAGGAGGCUUAAAUAAACACAAUCUGUGUGUGUGUGUGUGUGUGUGCACGCGCACGCCUUCCUCCAGCCUUUCCAGGCUGGCAAUAUCUGGUCAGCAUGAGACUGUUGAUAGCAUAUCAAGGGCAAUUUGACCAGGGUGGAGGGGGAGUCUCCUCUGCGUGCGUGCAUGUGUGUGUGUGUGCAGUUUUUCCCCACUCCACUCCUUUUCUUUGUUUUUUGGCAUAAUACAAAAGUGUUCUGUGAGUAUGAUGCGGUGUAGAUUUAUAGCAGAGCUGAGUGUGUUUGCUGCCUUAGUCAGCUGUGAGAGAUCUCCCGCUGGGACCGAUCCUUUCUGAUGGAAAAGGAGCAGCUGGGAAGGUGCUGUUUCAGGCUCUUGCUGGUAUUAAAGAGAGGGGGAAAAAAAUAGUCGCUUGUAUUGGAGAGGGGAAAACAGGUCAUGUGAUGCCAGCCCUCCUACCCUGUGUCACAGUGUGGAGGAGCACCGAUUGGUCUUACCCAACCACGCAUGGAAUGUCGCUUGCCACUUGGGCUAUUUCUGCUAUCUGUCGCUAUCAGUGCAGCAGUGCUAACACUUUGGCAGAUGGGACACUUUUUCUUGGAGUUUAUGUCUUCAGUUCUUAACGGCUGGCAGUGCCUGGGCUCGUUGCCUUCCCUCUCCUCUGCCUUCUCCCGAGACCAUGGCCCAUCGGUUGCGGUUUCAUUUUGGCUCAGGACGAAGCAAUACAGCUCCUGAAUCGGAGAUUCUAGACCAUGAGAGGGAGGAUAAUGACGACUUUUUCAUGGCAUUCCACACUUUGCCAAGAAGGAACGGGCCUCACCCUUUCUCCAGGCGCAGAAUUGAUUGUGAAGAUGGCAGCGGCCGUUUGCGAGAAGGUGGCUCCUUGAAAAGAAGCACAUCCAUGUUUAUUCCACAGCUUCUCAACAGCAUUGAUGCGCGUCCCAUGAGGAGCUCAUCCAUGCAGAUCUCCCUUCAGCGCAACGCUAUAAAUGGACAUGCUGAUGAAUGUGGGUCUCCUCCAGAGGAGUCAUGUAACUUUUCUGAUUUAGGGGAGCGGUGUACAUCUCUUGAUGGAAGCCAUUCCUCUCCAAGUAGUUCACAGGUAACUCCGGAGAAUUCUCCACCUAGGGAACUUGAGAACAUGGGACAUGAGGUCAAUGGAAGACCUUCUAACCACACAAUAGUUUGUACAAUACCUUCUAACAACUGGAAUAACAAGGGUGCGGCCAGUGGUCAAGAUGAGGACACAAACAAACCUGCGCUGGAUUUAAACAUUAGUGGGGUAAGGAUUCAGCAUCGGGCUUCAAGUGUGGAUAUGCCUCAUGUUACGCUGAUGCCGUUUGGUCCAGAGACCCAAAAUAAUGCUUCUUCCUCAGAACCUAGACGCUGGUCUCUGCAACACCUGCCAGAUGGGUCAGUCAGUUCUGGGAAAAAAUUAUUUAUUUUUCAGUUGCAGCAGUCUCAGUCAAAUAGUGCAGGAGCAGAUUAUAAUUUUGGUUUUACCGGAACAAAAGGCGACAGACUGGUCAGGUACCCACGGAUACGGCUGGAAAGGAGCACCUCGUAUCCAGUUCAGCCGCAGGCAGAGCGAAUUACCCCCACGGAAGACGAUGGCAUGAAUUCGGCACGGUGUGGAAAUGACCAGCAUGGCCCCGAAAUGUCCAGAAGCAAUUCAGUUGAGCGGGUUUCCCCAGGGCAAGGAUGCACAUUUAAAAUUUGUCCAGAUCAAAACUCACGGCAGCAGCAUUUCAGAAUUCUUGUAACCCAUGGGACGAAUGAGAAAAAUCAACUUUGUGGGCAAGAAAAUUCUAACACAUCUGCUCCAGUGGCAGCCAACGCAUCAACCAGAGACGACUUUCUAGGUCAAGUGGAUGUGCCACUUAAUCAUCUUCCGACUGAAGACCCAACUAUGGAAAGGCCUUAUACGUUUAAAGAUUUCCUUCUCAGGCCAAGAAGUCACAAAUCUCGAGUAAAAGGGUUUUUGAGGCUGAAGAUGGCUUAUAUGCCAAAAAACGGUGGUCAAGAGGACGACAGUGAUCAGAGAGAAGAUUCAGAGCAUGGCUGGGAAGUGGUGGACUCCGGAGAUUCCCCCUCUCAGCGCCAGGAAGAAUUACCCCCACCUCCCUUACCUCCUGGGUGGGAAGAAAAAGUGGACAACCUUGGACGCACCUACUAUGUCAAUCAUAAUAACAGAACAACCCAAUGGCACCGACCAAGUUUAAUGGAUGUGGCUUCUGAAUCUGACAACAACAUCAGGCAGAUAAAUCAAGAGGCUGCCCACCGAAGGUUUCGAUCGAGGAGACACAUUAGUGAGGAUUUGGAUCCUGAACCUUUGGAGAGUGGAGAUGUCCCUGAGCCUUGGGAAACCAUUUCUGAAGAAGUGAACACAAGUGGUGAUUCCUUAAGCCUGUCCUUGCCACCCCCACCUGCUUCCCCUGUCUCUCGGACCAGCCCUCAGGAGUUCUCUGAGGAAUUGAACAGAAGACUUCAGAUCACUCCUGACUCAAAUGGGGAACAACAAUCUUCUAUGAUUCAAAGAGACCCUUCUGCAAGGUUGCGAUCUUGUAGUGUAACUGAUGCAGUUGCUGAGCAGUCCCAUUUAUCACUGCCGAGUGGCCCUUCUAGGAGAGUUCGUUCUUCCACUGUCACUGGGGGUGAAGAGUCAACGCCAUCAGUGGCCUAUGUUCAUACUACACCGGGCUUACCUUCAGGCUGGGAAGAGAGAAAAGAUGCUAAGGGACGUACUUAUUACGUCAAUCAUAACAAUCGCACCACAACUUGGACUCGGCCUAUCAUGCAGCUUGCUGAAGAUGGUGCUUCUGGGUCAACAUCAAACAGUAACAACCAUCUAAGCGAGCCUCAGAUAAGACGGCCUCGUAGCCUCAGUUCUCCCACAGUUACACUAUCUGCACCACUUGAGGGGCUUCUCAAGGACUCUCCUGUGCGAAGAGCUGUGAAGGACACCCUUUCCAAUCCACAGUCUCCUCAGCCAUCUCCAUAUAAUUCUCCAAAACCACAACAUAAAUUGACACAAAGUUUCUUACCUCCUGGCUGGGAGAUGCGAAUAGCACCUAAUGGCAGACCCUUUUUCAUUGAUCACAACACCAAGACCACGACGUGGGAAGAUCCCCGACUGAAAUUUCCAGUACACUUGCGGUCAAAAGCGGCUUUAAACCCGAAUGAUUUGGGUCCCCUUCCUCCUGGUUGGGAGGAACGGAUUCAUUUGGAUGGAAGAACUUUUUAUAUAGAUCAUAGAAGCCAGGUGUUGCUAUGUGGCGAGAUUCAUACCCGAGACUUAGUGCCCUCUUACGAUAAUAAAAUUACCCAGUGGGAAGACCCCAGACUGCAGAAUCCUGCUAUUACAGGUCCAGCUGUUCCAUAUUCCAGAGAGUUUAAACAGAAAUAUGACUACUUCAGGAAGAAGUUAAAGAAGCCG